CUUUUCUUCAAACGCGAACAAAGGGAUAUCGGGACAGUGUGCAAUCUCGGGCUCAGAAGGUCGCAAUUUCACAGCACCUUGAAUCUGCAGUCACUAUUCUUCGCAAUGGCCAAAUCAGCGCACCACAAAAGCGAAUCUGUUGCGGUCGGUGACAGCGGCCAGACGAAGAAGAGGAGCAGCGCUCUGUUGAAUGUCGACAAAAAAGCUUUAGACCCCAGUCUCUCCUCGCUUUUCGCCAGCAGUGCCGGGCCUGUUACAGCCCCUCCAAAGUCACGAUACCAGGAUGCCCUCAACAAACACGCAGUAGAGGCGGAGGACCAUCUCGAGGACGGCGAUAAACCAUUGGACGGCGCUUCCAACGGUGUGGAAGACGAGGAAAUGGCCAGCCGCUCGGGUUCUGGUUCCUCAUCCGACGACGACGACGACGUCACCAAGUCAGAAAGCGAGGCUUCUCCUACUACAUUCCCGGAGAAGCCGUCCAAGAAGCGAAAGCGAGGCGAAAAAGACGAAGAUCUAGAAGACACGUAUUUGCAGAAGCUGGCCCGCGAGGAGGCCAGAGACGAGGAGAAGCGCAAGAAGGCUAAGACGGAUGAGACCACAACUGGUGCUCCUGCAGAAGACGCUGCUCACAGAGAUGUCGCCUCGGAGUCAGACGACGAUGAUGAAGCCUUUACCAUACCCAAACACGAGACCCAACUUGAAUCGGGCGACGUUGGAGCCGAAGAACUCGAAAAGGCAUCCCGCACCGUUUUCCUCGGCAAUGUCUCGAGUGAAACUAUAACAUCCAAAUCGGCCCAAAAGCAGCUCAAGCAGCACCUCUCGUCCUUCAUCGCCGAUCUAGCCGACAACAACCCACCACACAAGGUCGAAUCUAUCCGUUUCCGCUCCACGGCUUUUGGCAGCGCCCUUCCCAAACGCGCCGCCUUUGCCAAAAAGGAAAUCAAAGACACCACUACUAAAUCCACAAACGCCUACGCCGUUUACUCCACCACUACUGCUGCCCGCGAGGCUGUCAAACGCCUCAACGGCUCCAUAGUCCUGAACCGCCAUCUACGCGUCGACUCAGUUGCGCACCCCGCCAAAGUAGACCAUCGCCGCUGCGUCUUCGUUGGCAACUUGGGGUUCGUCGACGACGAAUCCGCAUCUGUUGACCCCGAGGAUCCUGCCAAGAAGAAAACCAAACCCCCCAGCGACGUCGAAGAAGGCCUUUGGCUGCAGUUCGGCAAAGCAGGCAAAGUGGAAAGCGUCCGCGUCCCCCGUGACGCGCAGACACGUGUCGGAAAGGGUUUCGCGUAUGUGCAGUUUGUCGACGAGACGUCGGUUGAAGCUGCUCUGCUCUUCAACGAACAAAAGUACCCGCCUUUGCUGCCUCGCAAACUCCGCGUCACGCGUGCUCGAGCGCAGAACAAGAAGCCAAAGUCCAACCCCAAUGUUCGACGGGGCCCUCCCCCCAGCUCGUCAUCGAAAAAGCCAGCAAGUGGUGCGUACAACGCCAAAAUCCCCGCUGAACAAAAGUCUCAACAAGGACGUGCGAGAGCGGUCCUGGGUAAAGCGGCGGCGUACAAGUCUGCGGAGGCAUUUGUGUUCGAGGGACAUCGCGCGAGCAGUCGACAGGGCAACAGCGGGUUAAAAUUGGGUGGGAAGGGCGGGGCUGGGAAGAAGAAGGGACCGAACGGUCGCAAGGACAGAAGUAAAGCGUGGAAGAAUAAGGAUGGGAAGAAGUAG